AUGGGCAUGGAUGCCGAUCCGGGAGAGGCCUCAGAACCGGCUCCGGCUCCGGCUCCGACUCCAGGGGCCUACUCUCAUCUCACAAUGGCCCAAUACCGUUCCCUCAUUCUACGCCAGACAGAACACCCCUUCUCUUCUUCCCUACCGCUGUUAUCAGACGACCAAAAGUCAUCCUCAUACGCCUGUGCAAAUUGCUCAAACCCACUGUUCCUACCCAACACAAAAUUCGCAUCAGGAACCGGCUGGCCAGCAUUCUCAUCCGCCAUCCCGGGUGCAAUCAAGACCAAAACGGACUGGAGAUUGAAGGAAGAUGGGAAAUGGGUGGUUAUGGGGGGUUCGCUUGGACUCAAACUCAGGGAAGAAGUCGUCUGUGGCAGAUGCGGCGGUCAUCUGGGACAUGUCUUUCGUGCUGAAAAGUGGGCCGAAGUGGAAGAGGAGGUGGAGGGAAAGGGGGUGACGAGGUACUGUGUCAAUGGGUGUUCCUUGGUCGCCCGCUCAACGUGA